AGUCAUCUCAGAGUUUUCGUGAUUGCAAUUUUUCUUUCACAAUUACAGAGAUUAAUUUUCAAGUCUGAGAGGAUUAACGACAAAUCAGUGUCCGAAGAUAAUUGAUCUCAACUAUUGAUUUGAAAUUGAACGGUCAAGAUCAAUCAAUAAAUGUGAUGACACAGUUACUGCGUCGAAUCCAAAUCUCUUAUCCUUUAUUAUAUAAAGGAUUGAAAGACACACCAACAAGUCAUCAAAAUCUACUACCUACAUCUUUCACUUCUCAUCUUACCUUUAUUCAUUCUCAAUCCUUGAUGGGUAUGGUAUUUGGAAAAAUUGGUGUUGAAACACCAAAAUAUGAAGUAAUCAAAACCACACAAGACUAUGAAAUCAGAAAAUAUGCACCUUCUGUUGCAGCUGAAGUCACCUAUGAUCCAUCACAGUUCAAAGGAAACAAAGAUGGUGGCUUCAUGAUUCUAGCAAACUAUAUUGGAGCACUAGGAAACCCUCAGAACACAAAACCCGAGAAAAUCGCCAUGACUGCACCAGUUAUAACAAAGGAUUCUGCAGAGAAGAUAGCUAUGACAGCACCAGUGGUGACAAAUGAGAGGAACAAGAUGGUGACUAUGCAGUUUAUUUUGCCAGCUAGUUAUGGAAAAGUAGAGGAUGCACCAAAGCCUAUUGAUGAGAGGGUUGUGAUUAGAGAGGAAGGGGAGAGGAAAUAUGGAGUGGUGAAGUUCGGAGGUGUGGCAAGUGAUGAAGUGGUGAAGGAGAAGGUGGAGAAGUUGAAGUUGAGUUUGGAGAAAGAUGGUUUUAAGGUUGUUGGGGAUUUCUUGUUGGGUAGGUAUAAUCCACCUUGGACAAUUCCAAUGUUUAGGACUAAUGAGGUUAUGAUCCCUGUCGAAUGAAACAUUGUUUUCUGUAUUUUCUGUUGGUUUUCUGUUACUUCUGUAAUGUUGUUUAUGUUGUAGUGAUGAUAUGAAGACUGUUUUUUUAUUCAAUUUUCAUACAAUAAAAUGGCAAAUGAAUGUUCCAUAGUUA